GGGGGUGGGGUCCAGGUGUGCACAGGUGAAUAUAUACAGGCUGCGAAUUCACAGACCGUGCUCACUAAACCUACAACACUUUCUUACCUGUGGAGUGGAGAUAUCAGCAUGGAGAAAGUUCUCAAGUCAGUGUUCGUCCUCCUGGUGGCCACCUCCUUCGCUCUAGCUAAAGAUGUACCACAAAAAGAGAAAAAUACCACCAAGCCUCAAACACUCUCAAGAGGAUGGGGAGAUAACCUUGACUGGGUUCAGACAUAUGAAGAGGCCUUAUUUAAAGCUAAGACUGGAAACAAACCCUUAAUAGUUAUCAACCACAGAGAAGACUGCCCCCAUUCUCAAGCUUUGAAGAAGGCAUUUUCAGAACACAAAGGCAUCCAGAAAUUAGCUGAACAAUUUGUGCUUCUUAAUGUUAUCUAUGACCCCACAGACAAAAAUUUGUUACUCGAUGGCCAGUAUGUUCCAAAGAUUGUUUUUGUGGAUCCUUCACUUGUAGUAAGAGCAGAUAUUCCAGGGAAGUAUUCAAACCACCGCUACACAUAUGAGCCCGUUGAUAUUGAUUUGUUGUAUGAAAACAUGAAGAAAGCUUUAAAACUCCUGAAGACAGAAUUGUAGGAGACGUUGCUCAUUUUUUCUAGACUGACUACAUUUUAAUAUUAUGGAUGUGUAUGCAAAAGUAAUUCUAUGUUCUUAAUUUAAAAUCAGUGGUGUAUAACGGGAAGACUUUUUUGAUAUGUUCCACUUGCUUCAACUUUAAUGUGAAAACACCAGUUAUUUGUUUGUUAGUUUUUUAAUUGAAUAAAUCUUCUAUGGUUUAUUUAUAA